AUGCCCCUCAAAGUUGUUGUCGUCGGCGCUGGCCUAGCAGGUCUGGGUGCAGCCAUUGCACUGAACCGCUCGGGACAUGAAGUCCAAGUGAUUGAACAAUCGGGCUUCCUGAAUGAAGUCGGCGCCGCCAUCCACGUCGCACCUAAUGCUACUCGCAUCUUGCGUGAGUGGGGCUGCGACUUUGAGAAGCUUCAGCCAGUCUUCUGUACGAAGGUCCAGCUCUGGACUUCUGCUGGUGACUACAUUUCGACUCCUGUAGUAACCAAGAAUGUACAAGAGCGUCUCGGUAUAACCGAUGAAUUCCUUCUCACCCACCGGGUGGACCUACAUAAUACUUUACGAGAUACAGCGGCGAAGGAGGUCGACGGCAGGCGCGUCGAUAUCCGACUGUCGUCUCGUGUUGUUUCAGUGGAUGCAGAAGCGGGGCAAGUCACUGUGGAGGACGGAAGUGUUUAUACAGGCGAUCUGAUUAUAGGUGCCGAUGGAAUACACUCUCGAUCUGUACGAUGCAUCACCGGCGACGAAGAGCGGAAGGACAACACCGGUCAAAACUGUUAUCGGUUUUUGGUGCCCGUCUCCAAGAUGCAGGCUAAUCCUCUGACUGCAUCUCUGUUGCAGAGGACCGGUCUAGACGGCAUGCAUGGGUUUAUAUCUGACGACCGGCGACUGGUAUUUUACCCGUGUCGUCGCGGAGAACUGCUCAAUGCCGCGGGAAUUUAUCCCUCAGGCUCAGGGACGGCGGCAAAAGACUCAUCCUGGUUAAACUCGGCUGGUCAGGAUGCGCUUCUCGAAACGUUCGAGUCGUUCAGUCCCGAACUUAGAGAAAUGUGUCGCAUUGCAGAAGACGUGAAAGUGUGGAGUUUGGGAUCUCGAAAGCCGCCAAGGACAUUUGUGAAGGGUAAACUUGCCCUUGCUGGCGACGCGGCGCAUCCCACCCUACCACACCAAGGCCAGGGCGGCGCACAAUCAUUGGAAGAUGCAGCCGCACUAGGUGCAUUAUUCACAUCGGACAUUACGCCUGAGCAGGUUCCUGAACGCUUAAAGUUAUAUAACCAAGUCCGUUAUGAUCACUCCGUGACUGUCAUGAUGAUGUCGAAGCUUCCGGAUAAUCGCCGGGCAGAGAUGUUGGAUGAACUACGCUCAUAUGUCCCCGCAGCUGAGCUUCCGCAAGACAUGUUCUCGUUCACGUGGAAUUCAUACCCGGGCCGAGAGGCUCAGCGGGCUUUAAAGCCGGAUUCAAUGGUCUAG